AUGGAUAGGAGCAAAGUUCAAGUGCUUUAUGAUGCUUGCAGCGCUAUAUUUUCUCAGGAAGGGCUCACAACUUUUCGGCAAAUCCAGUAUUUGAAAAAUCUCCUUGACAAAAUUGAGGCUAUUGACGUGGGGAUUGAUGAGUCUGGGACGAGUGAUUCUCCGAUGUCAAGCCCAGAGAGUGGCGGAAGCAGGGGAUUGCUUUGCGCGCAAGCUUUCUCUGAGAUAACAUACAUUCACAUCCACGAAUGCGAUCAUUUCUCUAUGGGCGUGUUCUGUCUUCCUGCGGGAAAGGUGUUUCCGCUUCAUGAUCAUCCGGGAAUGACGGUGUUUAGCAAAGUCCUCUAUGGCUCCGUCCACGUCAAAGCUUAUGACUGGAUCACGUUAGACGCCAGCGGCUGCCCAACACGGGGGUUGGGAAGCAAGGUGAUGGACGGAACAAUGAAAGCACCAGAGGAGCCAUCCGUGCUGUUUCCAAGAAGUGGAGGCAACAUUCACUGUUUCACCGCCUUGACGCCCUGUGCUAUCCUCGACGUCCUGUCUCCUCCUUACUCUGAAGACUUUGGGAGGCCUUCCACUUACUUCUCUGACUUCCCCAUCCCUUCCCUCCCUGGUUACGCUUGGCUGGAAGAAAAACCACUGCCAGAUGACCUAAUUGUGAAAGGAGCGCCAUAUCUGGGACCUCCCCUUGCAGCCGAAUGCGAUGUUUGUGAGUGCGGUUUCAGAAAUUAUGUGUGACUUGGGUGGGAAUUAAGUAGUGUGCUCGGGCGGGUACAAGUAUGCGUUGAUCCCAAGUGCGGGAGCCCAAAACCACCAGAUGCGUAAUUUACUAGUCAUUAGCUAGCUUCUGUGGAUAUGUAUAUCCCUUUAACCACAGCGAUGACACGGCUAGCAAACUGAACAUAGAUCAGCCCCAGAGGUUCACAUCCAAAACUAUGCAAUGUUAAAUGCGUUGCUGUCCUCUGCCUGCUUACAAAGAUAGCUUUAACAUGUUGAUCUUGGGGCCUCUUUCUACGGUCAAGAGUUAAAAGACUGUUCAAAUUUAGCCACGUACAGCCUUUGGAUUCCUUGUACUCCCCGAUUUAAAAGUCUGUGUAUAUAGAUAAUGAAGUUUCCAAUUCCAACG